UCCCAGGGUUGUUAGGAUCAAAUGAAAUAAUAAUGGGAAAGUGCUUAUCACAGUAAGCCCUAUAUAAGUGAGUUAGCUAUGAUGACAUUGGUGACAGUGAUGAUGAUAAUGAUUCUGGCCCUCGCUCAGCGAGAAAUGAUUUGCCUAAGAACCCACCACUAGUGACAACAAAAACUCAAAGUCAAAUCUUCUGGUUCCUAGAUCAGAAUUUCUUCCCCUACAUCAUCAACAUGAUUCAAUAGGUCUCCCCAUAAAUUGUAUGUGCAUGAGGAAAAUCCAUAGAUUUCAGAAAAAAUCCAGAUUUUCUCUAUUUUAAACAUGCAAUCAUCCCAAACCCUCACCUCUGUCCCCACCCUCAUCCCCAAGUAUUCUGAUUUCUCUCUCUUCCAUCCAACUCUUGUCCUAGCUAUCCUGUACUACAGUGACAUCAUGUCAAGAGCCACCAAUCAGGGAGCCGGGGGAACCUAAUUGUUACAGUUUGGUGUUAUGGUGACAUCACUCUUUAGUCACCCCCCCAAAAAUCAAGGGCUGCAGAGGCUCCACUGACACUUGGUUUUCUGCUUCCAGGUGACUGAGCCUCUUGGUCUGACUUGGUGAAGGCCAGAUGGCCUCGGGAAUUCUCUGGAGAGUGGAAGAGGAAGAUGAGGAGAGUUUGGACCAAGACCUUUCCAAUAUGAAGCUCCCCUUCAGCAACUUUAAGAAGUCCUUCCCGACCCACAGGCCUGUGGAUCGGAGGUUCUCUGUCCAGGGCUUUGGUAUCUCCCCAAGAUGUACCAAGCCCACCCUGGUUGAGGAAGGAGACUCAGAAGAGAUUAAGCCUUUCGAAUUUGAAGAAUCUAGUUCUGAGGACACGAGUCCCUCCCCUGUGCCCACCAACUUGCUGCCCCCAUUCAAGUUCUCCCUGAGCCAGCCCAGCAGCAACAUCUUUUCAGAUUUGCUAGAAAGACAGCUGACGAAACUCAGCUUGGCCUCCUUGGCCAAGGGCCACGAGCUGGGGGAGCACUCCGUCUGCUCCAGCGUUUCCAAGCCCCUGGCGCAGAACUUCAUACCCCUGGAUCUGGACAAUCCCGAGCUGGAUGCAGACACUACCUCGACACCCUCAGAGUCUUCUGUGGUGGUGGAUGUGCCCGAAGCCCCCCUCAUCUGUGAGCAUACUGUCAGUGACUCUACAGCUGUGAUCUCCUGGAACAGGAGCCGGGGCAAGCAGCGAGUGAGUUUCUACCAGGUUCUCCUUCAGGAGAUGGAGCUGAGGAGGGAAAGGAUAAAGAACGAGAUGCCCAAGGAAAAACACCACCCCUGGAUCUUCAACCAGAUCAUAGGCACCACGGUCAAGCUUAUGGAGCUGCAGCCAAACACCAAGUAUUACAUCAGCGUUCGAGCCGCUAACCCAGCAGGUCCAGGGAAAUGGUGCAAGCCCUAUAAAUUUUCCACUGUGGCUGCUGAUGUAAAUGGCUUCCCCAGGGAGAACCCCAUCAAAAUCACGGUGCUUCGUCGAGAACCUCAGAGGAAAACGGUCUAUGUCGGGAUCAAAGAGUUGAGGAAACUGGAGGACCUGGAGUUUAUUUUUCCACACUAAGAGGGGGCCCCCAGCCAUUCACAUCUUUAUUCGGGCCCUGCUCGGGGCCCCUCAGGAGCCACGUCCAGCACCAACACAGAGCAUGGCCCUGAUGAGCCCCUUCUCUGGGCGCCCACAGCCCUGGACUGUUCUGGCUUCCUGCCCCUCGGGUCCCUGGCAGGGAGUUGGCCCAGCUGGGUACCCCGCUUAUCUCAAGCCUCAAGCUGGCCAGCAGCCAGGCUGAGCCACUGGCCAUAGCUUCUGGCAAGCCCCUUCCCCUCAGACCUGGCCUUACAGGGGAGAGGGUUCCCAUUAAAGAGCUAUAAACUCAAUUGGGCCCCCAGGGUACUGGAUUUGACGUGAGGGGGACAGCCAGAAUCAGAGAGAGAAAUUGUAAAGAUUAAAGAAUGUAUAUUGAGUCAUGA